AUGCCCCCGUCCAACGCCACCAGCCUGGCUCCAGUCACGUUCAUCCUGACCGGGAUCCCGGGCAUGGAGCAGCUGCACGGGUGGAUCUCGGUGCCGUUCUGCUGCCUGUACGUGGCGGCCCUGCUGGCCAACGGGGCGCUGCUGGCGACCAUCUGGGCCGAGCGCAGCCUGCACCAGCCCAUGUACCUGCUCCUGUGCCUGCUGGCCCUCGCCGACCUCACGCUGGCCACCACGGCCGUGCCCAAGGCGCUGGCUCUGUUCUGGUUCCGCGCCGGCGAGAUUUCCUUCGCCGCCUGCCUGACGCAGAUGUUCUUCCUGCACUUCACCUGCCUGGCGGAGUCGCUGAUCCUGCUGGCCAUGGCCCUGGACCGCUUCGUGGCCACCUGCUUCCCGCUGCGCUACGGCGCGGUGCUGACCCCGCGGGCCGUGGCCGCCGCGGGGCUAGCGGCCGCGCUGCGGGGCUUCUGCAUCAUCCUGCCGUGCGCGCUGCUGCUGCGGCGGCGGCUGCGCUUCUGCGGGGCUCGCAGCAUCGCGCACACCUACUGCGAGCACAUGGGCAUCGCCCGCCUGGCGUGCGGGCUGGCGCUGCCCUUCGCGGCGGGCGCGCUGCACCUGCUGCUCCUCGCCGUGUCCUACGCCUUCAUCCUGCGCGCCGUGGCGCGGCUGCCGUCGCGCAAGGCGCUGCACACCUGCGGCUCGCACCUGUGCGUGCUGCUGCUCUUCUACCUGCCCGCCGCGCUGACCGCGCUGGCGCAGCGCUUCGGCCGCGUCCCGCCCGGCGCGCACAUCCUGCUGGCCAACCUGUACGUGCUGCCGCCGCCGCUGCUCAACCCGCUGGUGUACGGCGCCAGGACGCGGCGGAUCAGGGACAGGGUGCUCAAGGUGUCCGUCUGCCCCGGGAGCCGCGUGCCGAGAGCGCCGGGGGGGAAAUGA